GUAACAACAUCCUCACUGUGUGACCUUGAAACAGGCGCCUAGCUUGGAGCAAACAGAUGUUGUUUUGCCAAGUGAAUUUAAUCUUAUUACCUAGUUUCACUGCUCAUUUCCUUACGUCUACUUAAAAAAUGUGCGAAUCUGUUCACAAUAUUGUCUCAUGAGUUAGCAUCGUGUGAAUACUUUGGUGCCCGUGUCUAAAGAUAAUUUUUCAGUGAUAUGCGUUGGAAUAAUCACUCAGGUUAGUUGAAUCUGUCUUUGUGUACUGACUGGAAAUCUUUUUAGAAUUUGUGAUGCAUAAUCUGUAGAUAUCUUAAUAUGACAUGCUGCGUCGUUUCUUCAUAUACAGGGGUUAAAUACUCCCUCAUAUACUGAAUUUUGUGUUAUUGCACGAAAAGAAAUGUUACUAAAUUUGAGACAUAGUUUGUACUGGGUAUCCGAUAUCUUGGCUGGAAUUUAAUCUUUCUGUGAUGACAACUAAUAGAAUAACUAGCCAUGACAGGACCUUUUAAAAUAAUCCCCUUGAAACCAUAAAUCUUCAACGGUGAAAAAGACUUCUGUGCCUGUUUAAAACAUCUUAAUCACUUGUGUGUAAGAAUGGAUCACAAAGAAUCCAACAGAAGACUUGGGGCUCUGAAAUCUACGUCUUCUCUUGUAGAAAUAACCAGUAAAUCUGGUGAUCAUGCUGCUCAUCCACCAUUUCCCAAAGGUGCGUCAACUGGAACGUAUGCACCUAUAAGGUCAUCUGAUGGUUCUUCGCCAAGUACAUUUAGUUGUCAACUACCACGAACAUCUCCCGAAUAUUCGACAGCGUCAUCAAACCCAUCUCGUUCUGCAUUUCUUUCACGUCAGGCAUCUUUUGACCAAGGUGGUGAGGGUCGUCUUUCUUCAACUCAAGUUAAACAACGUUUAAAGGCUUAUCUGCUUAAUCGUCGGCGUGGGCGUGUCCUUGCUAACAGACAUUGGAGAGCAGAUGGUAAAGUAUGCAGCUCAUCACAAAAUCCAUUCACUGAAUCAGACUUUGAUGAAAGUUUAGAACACUCAGGAAGUGAAUCAUGUCAACAAGGAAUGUGUCAUAUAGGUGAUCACUGGCACAGUGCUGACUCUCCAGGUUUCAGUGAAUGGGAUUUCGCUGAUGAAAAUGUACCUGUACAUCAGCAUCAUUCAUUGGACUUAGAUAUGCAAAGAAAGUUAGCUGAUUAUAAUCCUUCAAUAAAGCCAGCAUGUCUUUCAUCAAGUGUUGAACAAGCCUCCUCUCAUACACCAUCAUUUCUUCAAUCUGGUCAGAUAACAUCUAUGCUAAGUCCUGUACAUAUCCAAUCAUCGUCAGCAGCAGCAGCAACCGCAGCACCACCAUCGUCACAACACCAACAUGAACAACAAUCUCAACUAAUCGAUGAUGUUGACUUGAAAAAAUCCAAUGAAUUCUUCUUGGAACGUUUACAUUAUCAUUUAGUAUCAAAGUAUAAUGACCGGUUAACAAGUGAACAGAUACAAGCAAUGAUUGCAUUACUUAAAAUGAUUAGUCAAUCGAAACGACAAAUAAAAAAGAUAUCAUCACAAUCAGAUGCUUUAGAAGAAGGAGAAGAAGAAGAGAUGCGGGUGACCGAAAAUUGUGUUGAAGAACAAGAGUCUGUUCCUGUGUCUGAUGUCAGUACAGAUAUGAACUAUCAUAAUGCUUUAUCUGUACUUGUAAAAAUGUGUCAAGGAUCCUCAGCUCAAUCGAAUAUUCUAGAAUCGCAUUAUCAUCAUCAUCAGCAGCACACUUCAAUGCAUACAUCGUCGCCAACUCUAUGUUGUACAACACCAAGCAAUGAAAUGGAUUGGGAGAGUCAGCUGUCAAAUUCUAAUAUACGGAAUAUUGUAUACACUUCACAAGUGAAUCCAUCGCUUGAUGUACACCAUCCAUCAUUAGCCUCCAAUAAUAAUAAUAAUAAUAAGGAUGGUUCUAAUAUUCUUGGUAAUUGUAAUAGUGAGAGAUGUGUUGGUGGUGAUGGUAAUCACAGUGUUACCACUGAUAUUGACGCUUCAAAUAAUUCUAAGAAAGAUAAUAAUAACAACAAUUCACAGAAUAUGUAUAAAUUAGCUUCAGAUAUUUGGUCUGCUCUCCCUGAGAAUGAUUGGCUUCAUUGCAAUCGUGAUACAGAUGUAAAAACGGCCUCUUGUUAUCCAAGUGUCGUUUCCAAUGACAGUUCGAUCACUGCGAUAGCCUUUGAUCCAGAUAUGCUUGAGCAUAAAUGUAUUUGUCCUCAUGCUCAUGAUUCAACUAUUCAUCCUGAAUGUCCAGAUCGAUUAACGUUUGCUCUUCAGCGGCUUGUACAUAUACCUCUUCGUAUCCCUUUACAUAUGUUACCGUAUGCAUCGAAUAAUUUAAUUGAAAAUUUAAAAACAACUGUAUUAUGUGAUAAUUCUGACUUACAAUAUGAUUUUAGUCAAUUUUUAAAAACUCGACCAGAUAUGGCAGAAACAUUAGUUACACAUUUACCAUUGUUGGCAUUUUGUCGUCUGAUUCGUGCACGAAUGGCUACAGAAGAUGAAUUACGCAUAUUCCAUACACUGGAUUAUGUUCAAGCAUUUGGUUGUGUUCCAAAUUUAUCGAAUAAAACCGCAUCUCUGAAUCCUGAAAAUGAGGCUAAAACUAGAACUAGCAGAUCUCAAUCGUUAGAUUCAGAAGAAGCGUUAUUAUCAUUCGGUUGUCCGACUAAUGAUCAUGGAUUAUCAUUAUUAAAUUCCUGUACAAAUACUAGCCUGUCAAAUCGAUUAUGCUCGUUAGCCUGUGGUGGUGUCGGUGUAGAUUCAGAUACAGUAUGGAAUCCUAAGAAGACGGCACGUGCUGCUCGAUUAGCUGUGGGUCAAGUGUUGUGUUUAGCUCAUCGGGUAGCUAAACGUCAAUUCCGUAAUGGAUUCGCUAUUGUCCGCCCUCCUGGUCAUCAUGCAGAACCUGAUCAAGCUAUGGGAUUUUGUUAUUUUAAUUCUGUUGCAAUAGCUGCACUGCAUUUACUCCGUGAAGGUAUUGUCUCAAAAGUGUUAAUUCUUGACUGGGACAUACAUCAUGGCAAUGGAACUAAGCUAGCUGCAACACAUCCUGGCCUAGUUUAUUUAAGUCUGCAUAGAUAUGAUGGUGGAACAUUUUUUCCUGGUACAGGUUCAGUCAAUAAUUGUACAGAUGAAAGUCAUUCAACGCUAAAAAUUUCUUGUAAAAGUGAUACUAGCACUACUACUACUACUACGGCAACUCCUGUGAUCACCUCCCCUCAUAAUCCUGGUGUCAAUACUACUACUUCGUCAAAUUUGUCAAAAUCAUUUGAUAGAGGUAUCAGCCAAACUGCAGGGAAAGAUAUCCUUCAGCCUACUGGUCUGCUGAGUUCUGAUGAUCUCUCAAAGAAAUCUAUUCCACUGUCUCAGGUGAUAAAUAUUGCAUGGGAAAAUCCACACAGCGGUGUCGGUUGCCCUUGUUGCGGUAACUUAGAGACUGUUAGAUCACAAAUGAAACGUCGAUCAAGUGCUGGUACCGGUAAAGCGUAUAGUAUAGACGCUGUUGAACGGAGGAAACGAUGGCUUCAGGAUUCUGCGAAUCGAUCGAUACAGCAAAAACAAGUAUUGUGCAAUCAUGGUGAUCAUGUCGUUGAAGGUGCACCAUGUAGUAGACAUCAUCAAAGUUAUUCAGAUAAAUCAAAUUCAUCGGAACCAGAGAAAUCUUCUUCAUCGUUAUCAUCAUUUUCAUCAUCAACAUGUCGAUGUUCAAUACAACAAUGUCGACAUGAUACUGUCGACUUAUCAUAUUGUACAUGUUCAUCAAUGAAUCAACAAACAAUAAGUACAGGUUGUGGAAGUAUUAGUAGUAGUGGUAGUAGUCAGUUGUGUUCAUUUUGUUUAUCCCAGUCAGUACGUUCAUCAUCAUCUUUAUCGUAUAUUCAAACAAAUUGUGGAUUAUUUAAUCCAUCACAAUCAGCUGAAUCAUGUUCUGAUGAUAAAUCUGAUAGCCUGUUAUCUGAAUCAAAUCAAUCACAGUGUCAAUGUCAUUCACGUCAUCAUCAACACCAUCACCACUAUCAUCACCAUUAUCACCAUCAAUAUCAACAGACAGAAAGGAAAUCACUACCUCAUCAAUCGUCAUCAUCAACUACAUCAUCAUCAGCGGCGGCAUCGGCACAACAUCGUCCUAUGAAUGAACCUUUAUUGGGUUUAAGUGAUGCAGAAUAUUUAGCUGCAAUGCGAUCUGUUGUUAUACCUGUUGGACAUGAAUUUCAACCAGAUAUUAUCUUAAUCUCAGCUGGUUAUGAUGCUGCUUAUGGUCAUGGUGAAGCACUCGGUGGUUAUUCUGUAUCAGCUGGACUGUUCGCAUGGAUUACACAUCAGUGUAUGUCCAUAUCAAACAGUCGUAUAGUCUUGGCUUUAGAAGGCGGUUAUUCUCCGGCAACAGUAGCUGACUGUAUUACAUCCUGCUUAAAUGCUUUAUUACUUCCAGCGUCACAAACUCACUGGAUUCCUGUCUUGAACGAUGAUCCAUUGAAUCAAUGUAUAGAUGUUAAUGGUGCUCAAGAGGCAUGGAUGAAUGCUUCUUAUUGGAUACCGAAAUCUGAAUUAAUUCGUCCGCCUAGACCAGAAGCUGUUGUCAAUUUGAUGACUACAAUACGACAUCAUGCUAAAACUGGUUGGAAAUGUUUUACAAAUGUAUCUGAAGAGAUUGUUGCCAUGUCAUUUUCUGAAGCUAUUCAUAUGGAGCAUCAAUUAAUUGAAAGAAAUAAAGAGACUGAAUUAAGUGCCAUAAAGAGUAGAAAAUUAAAUGACAAUACUAUGAUGUCUUAUGCGCCAACAACUACACCACCUACAACAACGACGCCAGUGAAUCCAUCUGGCAUUGCAUCGACGAUAGCAGCAACACCAGCUACAACUGCCUAUGGAUUUAGUAAUUCACCUUUGUCUGAUUAUAUGGCUAAAUUACAUAUGGAUCAAACUUGAACUGAUAGCUGCUGCUUUUGAUGUUAUAGAACAGGAAAUUUACCCCCACCCCCGACCACCUCAAUCCCCACCGCUACCCCUAAACUGUCUAUAACUUAUCGUGUUUUUCCUUCUCUCUCUUCUAUUGAAUCGAAGAGAUUCUCAGAAUAAAACUGAAAAAUAUGGCGACAAUACAUGGAUAACACCUUAUUAUUCCGCUUUGAGACAUAAAUAAUGCAUUAUGGAUGUUUGACUACAGUAUCCCAACAGUAUCCAAACACCACACCUGCCCUCAGCUCCCCCCGCCCUUUCCGUCAUGUAAAGUCGACAUUAUUAAUUAAUAUAUUAUCAACGAAUAUUUCAACUAACUAAUUAAUCAGUUUUUUAUUUCAUGUAUAAUAGGGUUUAUUAUGAUAAUAACUAUUAUUUUACUUUAUUUAUUUAUUUAUUAUUUUUAUUAUUAUUAUUGUUAAUAUGAUGUGAUAGUGUUUUUUGUUUUAAUCAUGAAGUCGAAUCGAAUUGAAUCGUGUAAUGUGAUCUGCUAUCCUUUCCUUAUUGCCUAGUCCAAAUACGUCAUAUAUAUUUAUAUAUAUACGUUUAACUAAUAUAUAUUUCUUGUUUAGACUAACUAAUUUUAGUGACGGACAAUUAUUAUUACUAUUAUUAUUAUUAUCUUGUUUAUUUUAUUGCCUUGGAUAUUGUACUCUGUCUUUCCCCCCCCUUCCCCAUCCAUCUAUUCACAUGUGUAUGUGUGUGUGUGUGUCUGUGUGUCUUUGCGAUAUGAAAUUAAUCUUGAAAUUAUUUUCAACGGAGGGAGGCGGGCUGUGGUUUCCAGCAUUUUAUCCUGCCGUUUCUUUCCCUUAACUCUUUUUCACUUUUAUAAUCUCAUAAUAAUUGUGGACGCCUAUUGGUUUGUUUGUGUGUGUGCGUAUAUGUGUGAGCAGGCUCUCCUACAAUUUUGCUUUCUUUUGCAAUUAUUUCUUUUAUAUUUUCUUCCCUUUUGGGUGUUUUAUUAUUGUUAAUUUAAAGAAAAAGUACAAUUAAUAAUGAUAAUAAUAUUAAUAAUAAUAAUAAUAACAGCUGUGAAAUAUUAAUGAUUUGUUCAGUGUUUUCUUUUACCCUUUUCUAUGUGUCUACAUUCUAUACACAAGAUUCAUGCGUCUGUGUAUACCGACUAAACUUUUGUAUAUUUAAAGAGAUGUUCAGCGGUUAUUAUUAUUAUUAUAUCCUUUAAUUCCUAGAGGAACAUAGGGCUUCAGCUACGCGUCUCCAUUGCCUUCUGUUUUCUGCCAACUUUUUCACUCCGCUCCAAGUCUGCCCACAUGCUUUCAUCUUCUCUUCACAUGACCUCCUCCAAGUCACCCUUGCACUGACGACCAACUCGCCGCUUCGCCUUCGGGAUCCA